UUAUAACUCUGUGUAUUAUAAAUAAUGAUCAAUUUUACACUAAAGUAGAUCCUGUUUUCUGAUAAUUUUGCACAGCUUUAGCGAAUUACACAAGGUUAGUGUGUUUCUCUAUGAAUAAUAAUAAACAUGAAUGCAUUAUUGCAGUUUUAUAGUUUAUAGGAUAGCGACCGCCAUUGUCAGUAAAACCUCAUCUGACCCAAUAAACGACAUCAACAAUGAUCAACACAUCAAGGUAGAUCUAGUUAUACCAUAAUGAAAUCACCGUUCGAGUGUUUAAUUUUUACUUUUCUGGUUAUACAAAUUUGUGCUGAUAAAAACGUAGACACCACGGUUAUAAAUACUCCGUCUGGACCAAUCAAAGGACUGAAACUCAAUUAUCCAAAAACAGGAGAACCUUUAUAUGAAUUCAGGGGAAUACCCUUCGCCAAACCACCAAUUGGUCCAUUGAGAUUCCAAAAGACAAAACCACUUGAAAAACGGAGAGAACUUCAUGACGGAACGAAAUUCGGAAAAAUCUGUAUGCAGCCGGAUAUCGAUUUUAUGCCUGAAUUUAGUAAACCAGCCAUGUCGGAAGAUUGUUUGGUACUAAAUGUCUACGUUCCAAGAAAGUUACACGAAAGUUUAUCAGUAAUGGUAUGGAUACACGGUGGAGGAUUUAUGAUUGGUUAUGGACACCAAUACGAUGGUGGAAAACUUGCUAUGGAAGGAAAUGUAAUUAUUGUAACAAUAAACUACAGACUUGGUGGAUUUGGCUUUUUUGCUGUAGGUGAUUCUGCAGCCAGAGGAAACUAUGGUUUAUGGGAUCAAAAGAUGGCACUGCAAUGGGUACAUAAUAAUAUUGCAUCACUUGGAGGUAAUCCAGAAUCUGUCACAGUAUUUGGCGAAUCCGCGGGGGGAUAUAGUGCAUCUUUCCAAUCACUUAUACCUUCAAAUAAAGGACUUUUUCAGCGAGUUAUUUCACAGAGUGGUGUUGUAUCUAGAACUGUUAUUUUGACAUAUCGCUCUGUUGAAAAAUUUGCAGCAGAAAUAGCUGAAAAAUCUUCCUGUCCAUUUGAUAAAAAGCAAAUAUUCGUUGAUUGCUUACGAGAGAAAACUGCUGAUGAAAUCCUCAAAUUGACCAACCCUUUUGCCUCAAUACCAGCGGACAAGCUUAUGUUCGAAUCCACUGGAAUGCCGGUCGUAGAUCAUGAAUUGUUCCUCGAACAUCCAAUUAAAAGUCUUGAAGACAAAUCAUCAGAUGUGUCCCAGUUUUUCCGUUCUCUAGAUUUCAUGGCGGGGGUUACUUCUAACGAAGGAUCCUUACUAUAUAUGAUGUUACCACCAAGCUUCCAAGAACACUAUGAAUUUAACGUUACUGAAGGUAUUCCACUGAAAGCAGUUUGUAACGGAAUACUGUCACCCUUCGUGGAAUUGUGGUAUGCUAACAACUCAAAAGUCAAGAACAAACUGUGUGAAUAUUAUUCCGCAGAGUCUGUCGUAGAUCAAUCUUUAAAAGCAACAGAUUCCUGGGCUGAUAUUACAUUUUACUAUCCUAUCAUGAAAAUGUUAGAAUAUCACUCUGGAGGUAACACAUAUCAAUAUGUUGUAUCUAAAUUAAGUCCAAAACCUUUUGGCGGGCCUCCUCCGUCAUGGUUCAAAGGUGUUGGGCAUGGUGAUGAAUUGAUUCACUUGUUUUAUGUUUCUCAGAUUCUGUCACUGGAUGAAAAUGAGAUAAUGAAUGAUAAAGAUGAGGAUUUUGGAAAGAAAAUGAUAAGUUAUUGGACAUCUUUUGCUAAGACUGGCGUGCCGUAUGCGGGUGAUGGAUCGGUAUUAUGGAAACCAUUCGAUAUGGAAAACAAAAAAUAUCUCGAUUUAGACGUUGAGAUCACACAAAAAAGUAACUACAAACCUGAAGUAUUGGAUCUUUGGUCAAACCAACUACCAGCGUCUAUUCUGGAAUUAGCGAGUGCAGAUAAAGGCCAACGUGAUGAAUUGUGAAUGUUGUAGGCUCAAUGAUAUUAUAUGUUGCACUAAUUUUUUAUACAAAGAUAGUUUUUGAUACAAUAAUAUAUCUUUUAAAAAAAGACCCCAAAGCAAUAAGGAAUACUUGCAUUGUGUAUAAAACACAACACUUUGUUAAUGUCAUUCGUGCGAAGCGCUUUUCUGGAUUUACCUUCAUAUUUGAAAGGCAAAAAUGAAUAAAAACCGAAACAGUUGAAGAGAUAUGUGACAAAUAAGGACCUACACAUAAUAGUUAAUUCCAUCAAUAUAAUCGUUUAACUGCUCAAAACAGUCGUAAAAUUCAACCUCAACCUUGUUAUCCAGAAUUUUUGGCAAGGACAUCUGCUAGUGUUCAUUAUAUAUGUAAAGCAGUUUUCCAGCUUUAAUCUCAAGGCAGAAGGGUGCUAGUUCACCAAAUGUUUAACAUAAUUGGGCUGUUAGCACAUCCCCUGAAAACAAAAUUCCAUGUUUCCAGGGCAUAUUUGAAGUAUAUUUAGACAGUUAUUUUGUUCUUGAUUUUAUUUCCAUGUUUAAUCACAUUAUUGUAAAAUGAAGCACGACACAUAAUUAUGAUGGUGAAAAAAAAACAACCCAAAAAAACUUCCGAAUUUCAAUGAUUCUACAUGUAUGUCAUCGUCAUAUUUAUUAGUUGUUUAGACAAUCAGGUAACAUUUUUACCGGAAAUGCCGACAGACAUUUAUAUUUGUAUUAAGUUUAUAGUUGAAACGGCAAAAUGGUGCAUUUUAUUUUUGCAUGCAUGGGCAGAAGGCCGGGAGUAAGGGCCACCCUUCUAUUUCGGGCAGGCGGGAAUACUAGUAAAGUGGAUAGGUCUCCAGAAAACUAGAAAAAAGAUCCAAUGAUUUACCAGCUAGAACACACGGCUACAGUUUUUCGUCUGGUAUAAAUGUACGAGAAAAUGCCGAAUGUAUUUAGUGCCAGGAUAUGUUUUUAAUAUAUUUGGGGUUUAAACAUUUUAUCAAAAAAUGUUACAGUCAUUUUAUUGAUAAUAUUUGUUUAACUUAUAAAAUAAUCAGCUUUUUCAUAAUCUACAAAAUAAAAUUCAAAUUCUUGUUACUCGUCCUGUUAUAAUCAUUUAUUUUCUGUGGUGUACUGUUGUAUUGAACUGCACUUUUGUAAUCUGCUGUUGUAUAAUAUUCGGUGCUUUGAAUAAUUUGUGUUCUAUGAAAUUGUGCUUUGUGUGAUUCAUGUUUCUAUGCAUUUUUUUGGUGUGAUUUGUUUUCUAUUAAAUUGUGCGUUGUAUUAUUUGUUUUAUUUGAAAUCGUGCUUUGUGUGAUUCGGUUCAGCUGUGUUUUUUUUAUAGUAUAUUAUAUCUUUCUUUAUAAAAAUGAAAAAUGUCUCUUCGUGAUUAAAAAUAUUUUUAUUUUAUCAAAGUAACCAAGCUCUGUUUACUAGAAUAGUUCUUGUUAAAUGUUAAAAAGCUUUGUUUAUAAACGAAAAGCUCUAUUUAUAAUCGAAUUCUAGCAUUUAAUAAACAUGAACUGUA